AAGCAACAUCCGCUUUAUUUUGCCAUGGCUGAAUAACAACGGUCUUGCCCUGGUGCAUACUUUCACCGGUGCACCAAGCAUGUUUUGUUCAGCAGUGAACUUAUCUUGAACCAUAUUUGAUUAAUGAAGUCAGUCAGCAUCAUUUUACAUCUUGACCUAUAUCUAGACAACAAAAAGAAUGAAUAAAUUAUCUCUCUGGUAGCAGCAAUGUACCAGUUCCUAGUGUACUGGUAGGAAGCUGCUCGCCUGAUAACAAUACCACAUUACUGAUGAACACAAUGGGUGGCUACACAUUGUUACGUCGUAUUUCUUCAAACUCUGAUUUCUCUAGGCUGAAAAAUCGUCCCGCAGAGCCAGGGCAGCAGUACCAACCCACAGACGUAGAGCACUUGGCAAAUGUCAUCUCCCAUGGGGUCUGGAUCCUACCCAGUGUCCUGGCACUGAUAUUUAUGGUGUGUGUUUCGGUCAAUGGACUUCAGGUGACAACCACUUUGGUCUACGGCUCAGCCCUUGUUCUUCUCUUCUCCACAUCCACAAUAUUUCAUAUUCUCUCGUAUACUGGGCAGUUUCCGUUGUGGAGGAGAACUUUUCAUAUUGGGGACAGAGCAGUGAUAUACAUCUUCAUAGCUUCUUCCUACACUCCUUGGUUGCUCUUGAAAGAAUUUCAUUCAUGGUCUGAAGAAUUUCUGUGCUUAGUUUGGGGAAUGGCCCUUCUGGGAGUCUCUUAUGCCUAUCUGUAUCAUGAAAAAUACAAGUUUUUGGAGAUCAUCUUUUAUCUCAUUAUUGGUGUUUGUCCAGCCAUUUGUAUCAUGGACAUGAAAGACUUGUCAGGACUGGUUGAGCUCAGUAUUGGAGGAGCCAUGUACAUAUUUGGAGUCGUGUUUUUCAAAAUGGAUGGUGUCAUUCCUUUCGCUCACGCCAUCUGGCACUGCUUUGUGUUUGUGGGAUCAUUCUGUCACUUCGUGGCCAUCUGCAGUCAUCUACUAGGUGUCAAUCUUCCGGGAUUCUGAAAAUAAGCAUUAGUAUUAGGAUGCCCACAACUAAAAACAUUCACAAGACAGACCUUAUUACUCAUUAAUCCCUCCACUUAUAUAAGCAUUAGUAUUAGGAUACCCACAACUAAAACAUUCACAAGUAUUUUUGAAAGUCUGACCUUUUUACUCAUUAAUCCCUCCACUUAUAUUAACAUUGUUCAAGAAGUCUGCUAAAUAAGUCCGGUAAUAUAUUAAAAAAAAACAUAACAAUUAGCUACUUUUUUUUUUCACAUAACUUUUUACUGUUAUUCGUGACUGUUUAUCUAAUUUAUUGUUUCCAUGAACUUAUACUAAAAUAAAGGAUACAGAUUUUCCUCAAACAUUAACCUCUUAUGAAUAGAAGUAAAUAAUUAAAUUUUUGGGUUUGAAGAGUUGAACUUAAAAGUUAUUUUUGUUACUAAAUUUUAUUGACUCUGAAUAUAUGGCUGAUCAUGACAUAAUCCUUUUACUGGUAUGAAAUGAAAUAGAUUUUUCUCUUUUUGUCCUUCUUUUUUUUUUACUAACCACUAUAUACGUCUGAUACUUUUUUUUUAAAAUAAACUUCUUUAUAUGUGAUCUUAACACUUUUUACUUAGCACAAGAUAUUUUCUUUCUUUGUUUAGUUGUAUGUUUUACAUAUCAAAUAUUGUUUCCAUACCUCGUUUCCUGAUCCAAACUUUCAAUUACUUGAAUUUUUUUUUUCUUUAACUUUCAUUGAUCUUAUUUUUUUUCUUUUGGGAGAGAGAACUCAUUUUUUGUAAUCUUUACAUCAUGUAUAUGUGCACUCUUCUGCUUCAGAAUUUAGUUCUAGGAAAUGUAAACUAUCCACAAGUAUUUGAAUUCCUCAUUAAUUAUAUUUGUCCUUUGUGCAAUAUGUUCACUGAUUUGAAUGAGAUCAGUCAAAUAUUUCUAUAUACAUCAAAAUGUCGUGAAAUAGCAUUGCAAUGUAUUGACAUUAGAACAGGCAUAAUUCCUGAGUAUUAUUUUAAUUGUGGUUUUUAUAUUACAGUUACCCCCUUUGUUUAAACAGAGCUGCCAACUUUGACAAACUUUUAUUGAUUGGUGGCUUGUGCAAACAAUGGGGGUAAAAGUAUACAAUUGCUUUUUGAAAUGUAUGCUAGUUGACACUUUUUGUGUUUCAAACUGAAUACAAAUAGUUGAGUGUGCUAGUGGAGCACAACCCUAUAUGUAUUUUUUUUUUUUAAUAAUGUGUUUUUUAAAAAAAUGUGUAUAUCUAAUUAGUCAGUGGAUAUCCCCCUUCACCUGCUCCUUAGUCUGAUGGGGCAUCACAUGAUCUGUCCACCGUUUUUCUCCAUUUCUCGAUUUGAGUCGCUUCCAUAGAGAGGCCCAUCCAUUCCUUUAUGUAAAGCAGAUAAUAGUAAUUACAUCAGAAUACAAAUAUUUGUUGCAAAGGUUUUUCACAAAAAUAUUUAGAUGGCUGCUGGUUCUGUACAACUUCAUAACUUCUGUCUGUUUUCAGCAUGUUUGCUAUGCAGAAGUUGGUCCUCUCUUUGAUGUCAUUCUCUCAUCCUUUAUUUUCUAUUACUUAAAUUGUACACAAUUGAUGAAUUGGUAGACUUGUAUAGUAUUAAAUUAAGAAACAGUUUCUGGGUAAUCUUUUACUUAUUUGGCCAGUUCUAUACACACCACUAGACUUGUAUUAGUAUAAAAUUAAGAACAGUUUCUGGGUAACUUGGAAGCGUGGUCGAGAGGCUAAGUGUACUUAGCUUGGCUUGGCUAACUAUGAAGGGGGCUCGAGGUUCGACACCCGACUUGGGCAGAUUUGUGUUUACUGAGUGCCUGAAAGCAGCACAGAAAAACCUUCUCCUACAUACCCUCUCCCCCCACUGGUCCAAAAUUGAGAUUUGACCAAAGCGCUCUGAGCAUGCUAUAAGCAUGAAAGUAGCGCUAUAUAAAAGCCAUAAUAUAUAUAUAUAUAUAUAUAUAUAUAAUCUUUUACUUAUUUGGCCAGUUCUAUACACACCACAGUAGUUGAAGUGAUAUGUCUAGAUAAGACAAAAAAAUAUAGAUAUCAUUAUUUUAAUCUCUUGAAGUUGGCAGCUCUGAUUGAUAAUUAUAUUGCCUACUUUUGAAUGGUAGGCAUAAAUUAUAGAUGUUUACUGUGGUAGAAUUAAUCACUAUGUGAUACCAUACAAUUUUAUACAGUUCAUUUAUAAAGUGUGAUUUUCAUACAGACCAGUUGAACUCUUUACUAUAUUUAUGAUAUUAUGACUCAUGGUAUUCAAAAUAUUGUAUGAUUCUAGACAAAGGUCAGUGACAUCAUCAAAGUAUUUACACUUAAGUUUUAUUUUGUAAUAUUGUACACAUUUGAAAACAGCUCAAUCAGUAAAUGUUAAAAGAUCCACAUUGAUCAGCCUGAUAUAUAUAUUUAAACCAAAAAACCUAACAGUCCUAUCUAUUAGCUUUAAUCAUUGCAUUUUGAAGUAUUUAAUCUCUGUAGAUUGGCUAAUUGUUAUGCAUGUGUAUUUUUUUUUUUUUAUCGUUUUGUAAGCCUCUAUUUGACACCAAUGAUUCUAUUUUUUUAUAUUUUGAAAUUGCUUUUCACUAAGAAUUCUAUACAUACAUUUUUAUGCUAGUCUGUAAAUUGAACUAUGUAUUUUUUUUUUUUUUUUUAAAGUCUUUAAAUAAUCAGUUUAAAAAUUCUACAUAUUGACUCCUACUAUUCACAAAUGUCUGGUCCAUUUUUUCGUUCCAAAACUUAGAAGUAUUUUAGUAAAAUGGUGUCCAUCACUAUUUUAAAAUUGGAAUGCCACAGGUCGAAAGAAUAUAUUCUUCUCUUUCUGUUAUAUGUUUGUAGACUUAUAAUGAAUAAAAAGAUUUGUUUCUUUGGUUGAAAUAUUUGACUGCUUAGUAUGGACCAAACAUUUCCACAUCGGGCCCUGAUUCAAUUUGAAUGGAUUAUUUAUCGUGACUUAUCAGGUGACCUUUUAUUUCGCCCUGCUUACAGUAGAUUACAUGAUGUAAAUUAAAUGACUUAAUUUUAUUUGCAAUACUUUAUUUCAUUUUAUUGCUACCAGUAUUUUAUAUUGAUUUUUUUUUUCACAACCGCCCAUUUUCAAUAACAAGUAUGUAAUGGCCAGACAAAUGAUAAUCCCCUGUUAUAUUGACCAUCUGUAGCCAGAUUAUCAUGCUUUUAUUUUUUAUUUCAAACAUAGUCCUAAAUUAAUUUCUGUUCAACCAGUCAUUUAUUUACUCCAUAAUAUUCAAUCAAUUCAGCAUUUUUAAUCUACAAGAUCUAAAUAUGAAAAGAUCAUAUAUUUAUUUUUUUUAUGAAUUUUCAACUCAAAAUAAGUUAAGAUGUUUUUAAAAAUAUAAAGUGUUGAUAGCUUUGCAGUGUAGUUUAUAAAUUAAAAAUCUUUAUUUAUAUCUAUAUAUGUGUGUGUUUGUGCUUACUUGCAUGGAGUUGUGUAGGAUGAUUUUUUUUGUGUUCAAAGUAUGUAAAGUUAAAUACAUGCUGUGUACCAUAGAAGUAAAGACUUUUAACUACUGGCUUAUGUUUUCACUUGGAGAAUACAUAAAUGUUACACAGUAGAAAUGCACUAUAGAAAGUUAUUCCUAUUUGUGUUUAAACUUGUAUGCACAGUUACAUUUUGUUCAUAUCACAUCCAUUUGUUUUCUUCCAAUUCUUCUGUUCAGUUUUAUAGCAAGUAACAUCUGUGAUACACCUCUCUCCAGUCCUGCCUACUUAGGCACUUAUGUUUUGUGUCCUUGACAUGCUACAUUAUGUUUACCAGUUGAAACAGAACAUUACCUAUUACAAAUUGAAUAAAAUGUUAAGAAUUUUUAUCCUAUAUGUUUACCAGCUGAAACAGAACAUUACCAAUUACAAAUUGAAUAAAAUGUUAAGAAUCAUAGGAUAAUAUUUUACUUAAUUCAUAUGAAGGUUUCAAAUGCCAGGCUUAUGGAAUGGUGACAACAUUUACUAAAUUGUUUCUAGUAAGGUAUUGAGUCCUACCUGGAUUUUUUUAUUAGGUUUUUAGUUUUGUGUAUAUUCUUUCAUUAUAAGAAAUGACAUUUCCUAAAUUGUCCUAAUGUGCCAAAAAUCUAUUCAUUAUAAGAAAAAUUAUGUAUUAUUCAACUGAAUUGAUUCUUUUGAAAUUGUUUAGAGAAAUAAUUAUUUAUGAAAUGAUUUAUGAAACUGAUUACUAUCAUAUCAUAUAAAUCUGAAACAAAUAUUCUAUACUUGUACUCUAAUGGUGGCGUAUAUUGAAAUUAAUGUGUUUGCAGAUAUUCUUGUAUAAUUUAAUAUAAGAGGUCAGUAUUUUUAGUUGUUUGAGUACUAAGAUUUUUUAUAUACAGUGCCAUUUGUAACUUAAAUUUGAAACUGAUCUGUUCAAGAGAUUUUAAUUUCAAGAUUUUGAAUCAUUAUGAAUAUUUAAAACAAAUUUCAAAAUUGGAGUUAAUUAAUUUUAAUUGUCAUUAAAAAAAAAAAAAAAACAGCCACAAGUUGAAUUUGACAACAACUACA